CCAUUAAUCCAGCAGACAAUGCAAAAUAAUGGUUAUCCAAAACAACAUUAUAACCUUUGUGACCUAAGCGUAUGUAUUGAUAAAUCAUUAACAAGACUUGUUAUCAGGAAUUCGUAAUGUUCGUAGUCAUUUUCUUACAUUCAUUGGGCGAAGAUCACUGCUCUUGUCAAAUAAAAUGGAGAAAUAUAUAAGUAUAAAGGAAUUGGAAGAAGCCGCUGCUUCCGUGUUACCAAAAGCUGCCCGAGACUACUACAAGAGCGGGGCAACGGACGAACAGACGUUGCAAGAAAAUAAACGCGCUUUUCAGAGAUUGCGAAUUCGUCCAAAGUGUCUAAUGGGAUUGACUGAUUGUAACCUGCGAACAACAGUAUUGGGAAAUGAAGUCUCUAUGCCGGUGGGUAUAUCACCGACGGCUAUGCAGAGGAUGGCUCACCCUGAUGGUGAAAUAGCAAAUGCCAAAGCCGCCGAAAAGGAAGGUGUGAUCUUUACACUAAGCACUCUCGCUACAAGUUCUAUUGAAGAAGUAGCUAAGGCUGCUCCACGCGCUGUAAAGUGGUUUCAGCUUUAUAUUUACAAUGACAGGGAAGUUACAAGGAAUUUAGUUUUGAGAGCCGAGAGGGCAGGUUACAAGGCAAUAGCAUUAACAGUUGACACUCCAGUUUUCGGCUUAAGAAGAGCUGACGUCCACAACAACUUCAGUUUGCCCCAGCAUCUUAGGCUUUCAAAUUUCGAGGGCUUCCUUUCAACUAAAAUACACUCUUCGGGUGAAGGGAGUGGUUUAAAUACUUAUGUUAAUAAUCUUUUCGACAAAUCGUUGACAUGGGAUGAAGUUAAAUGGUUAAGAAGCAUAACCAAUUUACCAAUAAUAGCGAAGGGUAUCCUCCGUGGAGAUGAUGCCGUUAAAGCUGUGAAAGCAGGAUGCUCUGCCAUCUUAGUUUCAAAUCACGGCGCUAGGCAGUUGGAUGGCGUUCCCGCAUCGAUCGAAGCACUACCUGAAGUAGUCGAAGCCGUUAAGCAUUAUAAUGUGGAGGUGUAUAUGGACGGCGGAGUCUCUACCGGCACGGAUGUCUUUAAAGCAUUGACUCUUGGCGCCAAAGCGGUGUUCGUAGGUCGUCCGGCUCUAUGGGGUCUAGCGCUGGGCGGACAAGCUGGUGUUGAACGUAUGCUCAAAAUAUUCAGAACUGAACUGGAGUACACUUUCAAUAUCGCAGGUACAUCGUCGGUCGCCGACAUUACAAAAGAUAUGGUGGUUCACGAGUCCGCAUACAGUAAACUAUAAACCGUCUGAAUAAAAAUCGUUAACAAUC